AUGCCUCGACUUGGAGACCCAGAAGCAUCUUCGAUCUUGAGAAUUGCAGCAGAGUUCGGGUACCUCUCUUCCAUCGUCGCAGGAUGCUGGUUUGAUAACAACCUAUAUAGAUACGGAGUGAGCUAUAUGCCCACCUUCUUAUAUUGGAGCAGAACCAUGCGGUGUCUCGGAGAUGCUUUCAUGGCAUGGAACCUUCUUUGGUUAGUUCUUGAUGAAAUCGAUUCACCCAUGGCGCGGCCCUUUACUUGGGGGAGAAUUUAA